AUGGGAAGGCAUUUCUCCUCAGUUGGCGGUACUUGCCAUCUGAUCCUCAAAAAGCGACUGAUUUAUUCUUUGCCCUAUUCCUUACUACCCUCGGUAUUUUCAAUGUCCGACAAUACAGCUUCAGGCCCUUACAGGGCUCGUGCCAGUCAGGACAAGUCAGCGACUGGCAGCGGCAAAAAUCCAUUUGUCUCCGCCUCAUCUGACGAAAAGAGAGCAUCCAGCGACGAUGAAGGAGAUAUGGAUAUGGACAGGCUGAUUGACGAGUUAGAAUCAAUGGAUGGAAAUGGAAAUGUUGACGAAAGACUUGAAGAAUCGGAAGAACCCAUCAGCUCCGCUUAUAUCCUCGAAGAACUGCUUCAGACGAACUUGCAACACGGCCUCAGCGAGACUGAAGUCAUAAAUCGCCGAAGAAAGUAUGGUUUCAACAAGAUGAAGGACGAAAAACAGAAUCACAUUCUGAAGUUCUUUUCUUUCUUUGUUGGCCCAAUCCAAUUUGUUAUGGAGGCUGCUGCAAUUCUGGCCGCUGGUCUCCAGGAUUGGGUCGAUUUCGGUGUCAUAUGUGCCCUGCUUCUUCUAAACGCCUUUGUCGGUUUCGUUCAAGAGUUUCAAGCUGGAUCAAUUGUGGACGAAUUGAAGAAAACUUUGGCUCUCAAAGCUUCUGUUCUACGCAACGGAGAAGUAAUUGAGAUAGAUGCCUCGGAAGUCGUCCCAGGGGACAUUUUGAAGAUUGAGGAGGGAACCAUUGUUCCAGCAGAUGGCCGAAUAAUGACCGAUCAUUCCUUCCUCCAGGUGGACCAAUCUGCUAUCACUGGCGAGUCCUUAGCAGUUGAUAAGCGCAAAGGCGAUACUUGCUACGCAUCAUCUGCCGUAAAGCGUGGGAAUGCGCUAUUGGCCAUCUCAGCUAUUGGCGACAAUACGUUUGUUGGGCGUGCUGCUGCUUUGGUAAACGCUGCUUCCUCCGGUACUGGUCAUUUUACAGAAGUGCUCAAUGGAAUCGGCGCGGUCUUACUGAUUCUUGUUGUCAUUACUUUAUUGGUUGUUUGGAUCUCAUCUUUCUAUCGCUCAAACAGUAUCGUCACUAUCCUUGAGUUUACGCUGGCCAUCACCAUCAUCGGUGUCCCUGUUGGUCUCCCUGCUGUUGUCACUACGACGAUGGCUGUCGGUGCCGCAUACCUGGCGAAGAAAAAGGCCAUUGUACAAAGGCUGUCAGCUAUUGAGUCUCUAGCUGGCGUUGAGAUUCUAUGCUCAGACAAGACAGGUACAUUGACAAAAAAUAAGCUUUCCUUGUCAGAGCCUUAUACAGUAGCUGGUGUCGACCCCAAUGAUCUUAUGUUGACUGCAUGCUUGGCCGCCUCACGAAAGAAAAAAGGCCUAGAUGCAAUUGACAAAGCUUUCCUUAAGGCACUCCGCGCCUAUCCUAGUGCCAAGCGUGCCCUUGUCCAAUACAAAGUGCUCGAAUUUAACCCCUUCGACCCUGUCUCCAAGAAAGUCACUGCUCUGGUCGAGUCUCCACAGGGCGAACGCAUAAUUUGUGUGAAAGGGGCGCCAUUGUUUGUCUUGAAAGCUGUCGAAGAAGACCAUCCAAUUCCAGAGGAUAUCGACACGGCAUACAAGAACAAGGUGGCUGAGUUUGCGACUCGUGGUUUUCGCUCACUCGGUGUUGCUCGCAAACGUGGUGAGGGUCAAUGGGAGAUACUCGGUAUUAUGCCUUGUUCUGAUCCCCCACGUUAUGAUACCGCAAAGACCAUCAACGAGGCAAAGACCUUAGGGCUUUCCAUCAAGAUGCUUACAGGUGAUGCUGUCGGGAUCGCUCGAGAAACCUCUCGUCAGCUAGGUCUUGGAACAAACGUCUACAAUGCAGAACGCCUCGGUCUUGGGGGUGGAGGCACGAUGCCUGGAUCUGAGGUUUAUGACUUUGUCGAAGCUGCUGAUGGAUUUGCGGAGGUUUUCCCACAGCAUAAAUAUAACGUCGUGGAGAUCUUACAGCAGCGUGGAUAUCUUGUCGCCAUGACGGGUGAUGGUGUCAAUGAUGCCCCGUCACUCAAAAAGGCCGACACUGGGAUUGCAGUUGAAGGCUCUUCAGAUGCAGCCCGCUCUGCUGCAGACAUCGUCUUCCUUGCACCUGGAUUAUCUGCUAUCAUCGAUGCAUUGAAGACGUCACGGCAAAUCUUCCACCGGAUGUAUGCGUACGUCGUCUACCGAAUUGCGCUAUCACUGCACCUUGAGAUCUUCUUGGGACUUUGGAUUGCGAUCAUGAACGAGAAUCUGAAUCUCCAGCUCGUUGUCUUCAUUGCAAUCUUUGCGGACAUUGCAACACUGGCUAUCGCUUACGACAAUGCCCCAUAUUCCAAGACCCCUGUGAAGUGGAACCUUCCCAAGCUCUGGGGCAUGUCCAUCGUGCUUGGCAUUGUCCUAGCAAUUGGGACAUGGAUCACACUCACCACAAUGCUGACGGGUGGCCACGAUGGAGGUAUCGUGCAAAAAUUUGGAAGACGGGAUGAAGUUCUAUUCCUCGAAAUUUCACUGACAGAAAAUUGGCUUAUUUUCAUCACGCGUGCCAAUGGCCCUUUCUGGUCAUCACUCCCUUCAUGGCAACUCACAGGAGCUAUCCUGGUAGUGGACCUUGUCGCAACGUUUUUCUGUAUUUUUGGCUGGUUCGUCGGCGGUCAGACCUCCAUUGUUACUGUUGUCCGCGUCUGGAUCUUCUCUUUUGGUGUCUUUUGCAUCAUGGGCGGUCUUUACUAUCUGCUGCAGGGUUCUGUCGGAUUUGACAACAUAAUGCAUGGGAAACUCCCUAAGGGUAGUGCAAAGCAGCGCUCUCUGGAAGACUUUGUGGUUGCAUUGCAGCGCGUGUCAACCCAGCACGAGAAGAGCGAGGAAGGGUCAAAGGUUUAGACUGUUCAUUCUAUACCGCCCAUUCUAUCUUAGGGUACGCAUUUGCGAUGUCUAUGAAAGCCACGAUAAGCUUCCUAUAACAUUCAAUUGCUCUCCUGGUUUUGUAUUACUUCUUGCCGCCGUACCUGUUGAAAUUAGCUCGAGUUGUCGUUACGCUUUACUUCCCACCCCAUCCUUUUUGUCUUGAUGUAUUUCUUUUCGUCUUUCACUGAUUUUCAUGGUAUAAGUAUCGGCAACUGUGAGUCUUAGCUUUACGUGGGUGGCUCUUUCACGGCGUCAGUAUCCCAGCAGUGUUUGAAAUGGUUUGUU